UGUAGCUUUCCCCCCCUUUUGGCACAUGUUAUGAUCAUUUUCUGGAUGUCAUGUUAAAAGAAUUAUGUAACAUUUUAAGUAAAAACGCACUUGAAAGAUAAGUCAGCUUGCCCCUGAUUUACAUAUCAAAACAAAGAGUGAUCAAAUUAUUUUGUAUAAAAUUGUAUUUCGUUUUCUUGCAAUAUCUUAACACUAAUUCAUAUGUAUAAUUACAUGUAUUAUUAUACAGAACAAAUAAGCAUUGUAAUUAAAAUAUAUUAAAACAAUUAUAAACUAAUUUUUAAAUUGGUUAUUACUGAUUUACUAUUUAUCAGCAUUAGAGUAGAAAUAAAGCAUGCUCAUAUGUUUGAGUCCCUGCAACAUAAUAAGAAAUGAACAAUAAGCAUGGUUUCGUAACUAAUAAAAUCAUUUUCUAACCCUUGGUGCUUCAGACAAUGGCAAAUCAAAUUUCGUGCGAAUCACUCCAGUCCACAUAUGCGGCCUAAAAUCAGCCCUAUAAAACUGAUCAUUGCGAAAAAGUACAGCCUGUUUUGUUCGUCUGCAAGUUUCGGAAACGGCUGGAAGAAUGUCCAAAUGUUGUAUGGAAUCGCGGCGGUUUCACACCACAAUGUUCCUCAAAAUGCUCCGGUCGAUCGGAAAGAAUAGGGAGUUAAUAUGGCUGUCCACAAUUUAUCUGUCAGUGGAGUAAGCUCGCCUUGUGCUGCCGACACGACGCGCAUAACAACCCAUUUAGUUCCCAUAAUUUCAGAGCUUCUUGUCCCCUCCCCUCUAGACACAGACAACAACAUACACCUUAAUAGGGGCGCGUCUCCGACACAGCCGCCGACCAAUAACCCGUCUGUCUGGGCAGAGACCAAGGGGAUGAGCGCUCGCCGAGGCCCAAUCAGCGCUUUUGUGUUGCCUGCCGGUGCCGGGGACUGGUCGUGAAGAGCUACAGCAGCGCUUCAGGAUCGGAGAGCGAACCCGGAGCCAGAGGAAUCUGAAGGGUAAAGGCGAGUCAGGAUGGAGCGGAUAUCUGAGGAGGCGUUGAGGCUGAACCUGCUGAAGCGGGGUCUGGAGGCGCAAGAUGAGCGGGACGAGGCACUGGCCAAGCGCCUGAAGAUGGAGGGUCACGAGGCCAUGGAGAGGCUUAAGAUGCUUGCCCUCCUCAAACGCAAGGAUCUGGCCGCUUUGGAGGGGGCGGCGGUUGCGGCAGCCAUGGCAGAGGGCAAAGGCCCCGGGGGCAGCCAGGGGCUGAUGGGAGCUGUGGCCUACGAGGAGAAGAUGAAUGGAAGUUUGAGAGUCGGGGGCCAUGGAGGUCCAAGUAAGAAUGGGAAGGAAAACAUAGUGGAUGAGCCAGUGGACAUGAGUGCCAGAAGGAGCGAUAUAGUUCGAGAGCGACGCACUCCAUCACCAGACGUUAUCAUUUUAUCAGACAACGAGGCAUCCAGCCCCCGGAGCACGCCUCACCCUGAGGAGAAACAGCAUCAGGCCAACCUGGAGAUGUUUAAGGGGAAGACUGGCGACGAGCGGCAGCAGAUGAUCAAAGCUCUCCGAGAGGAGCUCAGGCUGGAGGAAGCCAAGCUGGUGCUCCUGAAGAAACUGAGGCAGAGUCAGAUGCAGAAGGAGAACGUAGUGCAAAAGGUGCCGGUGGUCCAGAAUGCCCCGUCAUCAGUGCAGCCGUCACCCAUGCACAGCUCUCAGGGGCUCGGGAAACUACCUGUGCGGCCCGGCAUGCACUCAUCUGAGCCUCAGAGCCUGCGCACUGCACAGGGCCACACAGUAAUCAGGUCUGCUGCCAAUGCAUCUUUGCACCCAAUGAUGAUGUCACAGCGGGUUAUUGCUCCCAAUCCUGCCCAGCUUCAGGGUCAGAGAGUGCCCUCCAAGCCUGGCAUGGGCCGCUCCUCCACAGGUGGUUUGGGUAACGCAGUGAGCUAUCAGCAGGCUGCCAGCCAGCAGGUGGGGGUCUCGCAGCGUUCAGGCUCGUCCUCGGCUAUCUACAUGAACCUGGCACACAUGCAGGCAGCAGGAGCAGCUGGCGUUGGGGUGGGUGUGAGUGGGGUUGGUGCCGUCAGCCCCUCCACCCUUUCCAGUGCCUCCAGCGUGGCUUCUCUGAACGACCAGGCCAGCAGCCAAGCAGCCGCUAAACUGGCCCUCCGCAAGCAGCUGGAGAAGACCCUGCUGGAGAUACCUCCACCUAAACCUCCAGCGCCCCUGCUGCACUUCCUGCCCUCUGCUGCCAACUCUGAGUUCAUCUACAUGGUGGGGUUGGAGGAGGUCGUGCAGAGUGUCAUUGAUAGUCAGGGUAAAAUGCGGGGGUCACUGCCACACGUGGAGCCGUUCUUCUGUGCCCAGUGCAGGACUGACUUUACCCCACACUGGAAGCAGGAGAAAAGUGGUCGCAUUCUCUGUGAGCAGUGCAUGACGUCCAAUCAGAAGAAGGCCUUGAAGGCCGAGCACACCAAUAGGCUCAAGAAUGCUUUCGUUAAGGCUCUGCAGCAAGAACAGGAAAUAGAGCAGAGGUUGCAGCAGCAGGCUGCUCUGUCCCCCAGCUCUGCCCAGACUGUGCCCAGCGUGAGCAAAGGGGAGACCAUGAUCCGACACCAUGCCCUCCGACAGACUCCCCAGCCACAGGCCGCUCUACAGCGGGGUCUGUCCAGCUCAGCACGAGGUGUCCUCUCUAACUUCGCCCAGGCCUCCCAGCUCUCAGUGGCCAGUGGGCUGCUGGAUAUGACAAGCAAGCGCUGUGGCAGCAGUACCAGCAGCAGCAGUCGGGCUCAGCAUGACAGCCGCAGGCAGAUCUACAGCAUCCCUGGUCUGAGUAUUGCCUAUCUAAAUCCGGGAGCCAUCGGGGGCCACAAGGCAUCCAGCCUAGCGGACCGUCAGCGGGAGUAUCUGCUCGACAUGAUUCCCCCACGCUCCAUAUCCCAGUCCAUCACCGGGCAGAAAUGAGCCCUGACGGGACUGCAGAUCCCCCUUUCAGACGCCCCACCACCCCUCUGUCCUACAUCAGAACAUCCCCCAACACAUACACACGCACACCAUCACCCCAUCGCAUGCAGUGCCUGUCCGUGUGCCUACCCAACUAACCCAUAAGAACAGCUCUAUCAGUCAGACUAUAAACACCAGACUGUCAGUGCAUUUCAAACUUCGGUUUCCUACUAUAGCAAAGCUCUUUAUUGUUAUCUCAACUUAUUAUUGCUGUUGUUAUUGCUACUUCUAUUAUUAUCACAGUUAUUAUUAUUAGUAGUAUUAUUGUUGCUUCUGUUACA